GGCGCGCUCAUAUAACCGCGCGGGCGCCGCAGCGCACCGCACUCGUGCGCACGCAGCCAACAACACAACCGUGCAAGAUGCGUGCGAUCCUAGCGUCGUUGGCCUUCCUGGCGGCCGCAAUGACUGCGGUAGAAUCGGAUGGCAGAGCGCGCAUCGUGUGCUACUUCAGCAACUGGGCGGUGUACCGGCCCGGCGUCGGCCGCUACGGCAUCGAGGACAUCCCCGUGGACCUGUGCACGCACAUCAUCUACUCCUUCAUCGGCGUCACCGAGAACUCGCACGAGGUGCUCGUCAUCGACCCUGAGGUGGACGUUAUCCAGACAGGGUUCCGAAACUUCACAUCGCUGCGCAAGUCCCACCCCAACGUGAAGUUCAUGGUGGCCGUUGGCGGCUGGGCCGAGGGCGGCUCCAAGUACUCGCAGAUGGUCGCGCAGACCAGCUCGCGGUUGACUUUUGUGAGGAGCGUGGUUGACUUCCUGAACAAGUACUCGUUCGACGGUCUGGACCUGGACUGGGAGUACCCCGGCGCGGCGGACCGCGGCGGCUCGUUCUCGGACAAGGACCGCUUCCUGUACCUGGUGCAGGAGCUGCGCCGCGCCUUCCUGCGCGCCGGUAAGGGCUGGGAGCUCACCGCCGCCGUGCCGCUCGCCAACUUCCGCCUCAUGGAGGGCUACCACGUGCCCGAUCUGUGCCAGGAGUUGGACGCGAUUCAUGUGAUGUCAUACGAUCUCCGCGGCAACUGGGCCGGCUUCGCUGAUGUGCACUCCCCCUUGUACCGGCGUCCGCAUGACCAAUGGGCGUAUGAAAAACUCAAUGUGAAUGACGGACUGAACCUGUGGGAAGAAAAAGGCUGUCCGUCCAACAAGCUGGUGGUCGGCAUCCCGUUCUACGGGCGGUCGUUCACGCUGUCGGCCGGCAACAACAACUACCACCUCGGCACCUACAUCAACAAGGAGGCCGGCGGCGGCGACCCCGCGUCCUACACUAACGCCACUGGAUUCUGGGCCUAUUAUGAGAUUUGCACGGAAGUAGACGCUAAAGAUUCAGGCUGGACAAAAAAAUGGGAUGAAGCCGGCAAAUGCCCCUACGCUUACAAGGGCACCCAGUGGGUGGGCUACGAAGACCCUCGCAGUGUGGAGAUCAAGAUGAACUGGAUCAAGGAGAAGGGCUAUCUCGGCGCCAUGACUUGGGCUAUUGACAUGGACGACUUCAAGGGGCUUUGCGGUGACGAGAACCCUUUGAUGAAGCUUUUGCAUAAACACAUGAGCUCUUACACUGUGCCACCUCCUCGCACCGGGCAUACUACACCUACACCGGAAUGGGCCCGGCCGCCAUCAACCGCCGCGAACCCGGCCGAAGGCGCCCCCGUCCCCACAACAACAACCGCAAGACCCACGCCGGCCAAGCCCGCGAGCACCGUGCGGCCUGUGUCGCGGCCUGUCACCACUGCUACUCCCGCCACCACCACGGCCGCACCUGUCAAGGAACCCGAAACUCCAGCAAUCAUCAGCCCGGAGACACCAGAUGUCGAAGAACCUCCUACGGAUAAUGAAGUUGACAAUCAUAAUGUGUGCGACAAUGAAGAGGACUACAUUCCGGACAAGAAGAAGUGUGAUAAGUACUGGCGGUGUGUGAACGGCGAGGGCGUGCAGUUCACGUGCCAGCCGGGCACGGUGUUCAACGUGAAGCUGAACGUGUGCGACUGGCCCGACAGCGCCAACCGAAACGACUGCCAGCCCUGAAAUACAACUACCCGCGUGACACCAAUUACAACUAACUGGAAUUAGCACUUAAGCCUCCGCCACACAUGAGCGUUUUGAGAGCGUGGCGUGAGCUGGGCGCGAUGAAAGCGUACCGCCAGCGCCGCGCCCCGCUCACGCCAUGUGUGGCGGAGGCUUUAGUCUGAAAUUAGACCUCAAAAUUGCAAGGGGUUAAGCUCAGAAUAUAAACUAUUCUUGUUUGUAGUAAUUGAAAUUAAGUGGCAUUUCUAGACAUUAGAUUAAGAAAUAGAAAUACAUUCAUGUCCUCCGAGGACUGAAUAAACUAAGCUUAAUCAUGAGCAAACCUUUUCAAAUAUAAUAUGUUGUUACAAAACAAAAAGUUAGAAUGCUGAUAACGUACUGAUUUUUUCCUGUGAUUUACAAAACUGAUACUGCCAAUUAAUUAAUGAGAUUUUAUUAUCACGACUGAAACCUCUAAAUCCCAUUUAGUAUUUAUGUUUCGUGAAAGUGGUGUUUAAUCAUGGCUAAUUUAAACAAUGUUGUCGUCAAUUUAUCUGAUUAGCGUAAUUUAUUUGGCGGAUAGGCCCAUUGUUUUCCUUUGUUAUUUUUGUGCGACUGAAUUCUGGCACGAAAUCACCCUUGAAAUAUGCGAGAAUUGUUAUUUAGAUGUAAGUUUAAGUUAGGUCGUAAAGGUUUCGUAUAAUAUUGUCGUAUUUCGUUUGUACUUCUGAAACUUAAUACGCUAAUGUUAUCUAUUAUUAGUAGGUAAAAUUUAGAAACAUAAAUAAGUACUUACUCGAUUAUGUGAAUACUCAAAUUUUAUAGGGAUUCACCUUUGUCUUUCCGAUGUGUUCAAAAGAGAUAAUUAAUUACAUUUAAGUUUUACAAUAUUUAUUAAAUGAAACUUAUCAUAAAAUAAACAUUAUGAAAUGGCGUA